GACAAAAGGGAAAAGCCUUCGUCAAUUAUACAUAAAGCUUACAAACACAGCAAGCUGUGUGACGCUAAUCUCUGCCUUGGCAUUCGCAUUCGAAGAAAUGGUCAGAUGACCACAUCCCAUGCCGAUUCGUUGGAUUCUGUCAGGAUUCGCGUUUCAGAUGGUAAGUAG